UUUUGUUUUUGUUUACAAGCAAAGAAACAUUUAUGGGGAACACCACCAACAAAGGCCGGUUCUCUUUCGCCUUCUUUUCGUUUUGUUGGUUUGUUUAAAGAAAGAAACAAAACCACUGCCUAUCAAGAGGAACCUUCUCUCUCUUUUUCUCGUUCUGCUUCUUCCUCUCCGUUGUAUCGUAGAAAAGAGAUUGCACAAGAAACCAUUCGUAUAUUUCAAUAUCAUAUUCCACGAAAAUACUCGGAGAACAGCUCAGGCAAAGCUAGAGGAGGAGAUCCUUGUGUACUUUUGAAUCCAUGGAACAGCUCGUCAACUUUAUCAUUCGGCCACCCAGAGCUGAAUAUGACCCGAAAGAUGAUUUAUUAGAUCAAGAGUUCAUGCUGAAAGGGAAAUGGUAUCAGAGGAAAGAUGUAGAGGUUAAAAACAGUAGGGAUAUUCUUCAGUGCAGUCAUUACGUGCCUAUUGUCAGUCCCGAAGGAAAGCCUUUGCCCUGUGUGAUAUACUGCCACGGGAACAGUGGGUGCAGGGCUGAUGCCAGUGAAGCUGCAAUAAUUUUGCUGCCGUCGCACAUUUCAGUUUUCACUCUUGAUUUCUCUGGAUCUGGACUCUCUGGAGGAGAGCAUGUCACCCUGGGGUGGAAUGAAAAGGAUGAUCUCAGGUCUGUGGUUGAAUAUCUGCGGGCAGAUGGUAAUAUCUCUUUGAUAGGCUUGUGGGGACGUUCAAUGGGUGCUGUUACUAGCCUAAUGUAUGGAGCUGAGGAUCCUUCAAUUGCUGGAAUGGUUUUGGAUAGUCCGUUCUCAGACCUAGUUGACUUGAUGAUGGAACUGGUAGAUACCUACAAGAUCCGUUUACCCAAGUUCACUGUGAAGUUCGCAAUCCAAUACAUGCGAAGAGCUAUUCAGAAAAAGGCAAAGUUUGACAUAAUGGACCUGAACACCAUUAAGGUGGCAAGUUCUUGCUUCGUCCCUGUUUUACUAGGGCAUGCCAUUGAUGAUGAUUUCAUACUCCCCCACCAUUCAGAUCGUAUAUUCGAGGCAUAUAUGGGAGACAAAAACAUUAUCAAGUUUGAGGGGGACCAUAACUCUCCACGUCCACAGUUCUACUUUGAUUCUAUAAAUAUAUUUUUCCACAAUGUUUUGCAACCUCCAGAGGAUGACCUAGCUAGAGCAUUUUUUGAUCCCAUGGAUGAUUACUUUGGUAAGGGUGGUUGGAGAAAUGUGCAUGAAGUUGGCUAUGACCUUGAAUCUUCAACUACAUCUAAAGAACCAGCAACAAGCAGCACAGCAGAUGCCAUUAAAAACCUCCGUACGAGAAGACCUAUGAGCAGGACAGAGGUUCCUUCUAAUUUCCCUUCUAAAGAUGAUAAAUCUGAAGAUGAGGAUGAAAAAAUUGAUGACGAGCAUUGCCCAUCAUCAUCUGAAAUGAUUAGCUUUGAAUUUUCCAAUGGCCGUCCUUGUGGCCCCCAUGCUCCAACUACUUCAGAUGAUGAUCAAUAUGUGGAAUACCCACUUGAUGACUUGACAGGUUUUCCGUCCAAUUUGGAGGAGGAAGAAAGAAUGCUCAUGGAAGCAGUGAUGGAAUCAUUAAAAGACUUGGAAAUGGGACAUCCCCAGGCAGGAGAACCGCCUAGCGUUAGCUCCAGUUCUAUAAAGCCUUUAUAUAGAGAUGACCAGGAUGCUUCUCCUACAGAGCGUUGUGGGUCUUCAGAGACACAACUCAAUUCCAAUCCAGUCGAGCAUUGUGAACAGUCAAAAACAGAAUCCAGUUCCACUUCUGUCUUCAAUGCCCAGAAAUUGGCAUCUGAGCAGCCAUCUCCUGAUUCGAGUGUGACUGCAGGACAUGCAAUUGAUGCUUCUUCAUCUGGCAUGGAAAAUGGAAGCACAGGAACUUCUGCUUGUAGCGAUACUUCAGCAAGCAUUCAGAGCUCAUCGGAUGCUGAUAUUUCAGCCAAUACAAAAGCCACAUUGACUGUUGAACGUAGCCCGGCAGGCCAUGUUAUGGAUGGUUUAAUGCGUCGUUGGGAUUUCAACUUUUUCCGAAACAGCAAUAAUCGAUGAGAUGAAAAGAUUUUCUUUCUUUUUUCGUGCAAAAUCUGGUAAAUGAAUGUCGUGUAGCUAAGCAUCGAGAGACAGGAAUUGUAGUUUGUAAUUGCUUCCUAUAAAAAGAAAGGAAAAAAGAAAUGUGCUUUGUAUGUGUGUGUAAGAAAGGCUAAUAUCUUUCCUUCACAUUUUGUUACACUGAUCUACAGUUAUGAUUAAAGAAUAGAAAAAAUGAUUGUUUUUA